UUUUAAGUCAGUCAGUCAGUCGAAUCACGCGAUUGAUCGACUGUGGAUCGGGAAUAUUAUUAUCUGUCAUCCGGAAAGAGAAAUAAAGGGAAGAGAUGCCAGACGCGAAAAAAAGAGUAUGCAUCGUCGGCAGCGGCAAUUGGGGCUCGGCGAUCGCGAAGAUCGUCGGGGUGAAUGUUAUGAAGUACAACAACAUAUUUGAAACUCGAGUGACAAUGUAUGUAUAUGAGGAAAUUAUCAACAACGAAAAAUUAACCAAUAUAAUCAAUACCAUCCACGAGAAUGUUAAAUAUCUACCUGGUCACAAAAUUCCGGAAAAUGUGAUUGCCGUGCCCGACGUUGUAGAGGCAGCAAAAAAUGCUGACAUCCUUAUCUUCGUUUUGCCACAUCAGUUUAUUCGCACAUUGUGUUCAACGCUGUUGGAUAACAUAAAACCAACUGCAGUUGGCCUUUCUCUCAUUAAGGGUUUUGGUCGAGGUGAAGGAAACAGUAUUGAGUUAAUCUCCAAGAUCAUCGAAAAGCAUUUGAGAAUACAAUGCAACGUUUUAAUGGGCGCCAAUUUGGCCAAUGAAGUCGCCGAGGAGAAAUUCUGUGAAACUACGAUCGGGUGCAAGGAUAAAAGAUUGGCACCGGUACUGAGGGAUCUUAUUCAAACUCUAAACUUUCGAGUAGUUGUCGUGGAGGAUUGCGAGACUGUGGAAGUAUGCGGAGCUUUAAAGAACAUUGUGGCGUGUGCAGCUGGUUUCGUAGAUGGCCUCGGAUUGGGCGACAACACGAAAGCUGCGGUGAUUCGAUUAGGACUGAUGGAGAUGAUCAAGUUUGUCGACACUUUCUACAGCGGUUCUAAGCUUUCUACAUUCUUCGAGAGCUGCGGCAUCGCGGAUUUGAUUACUACUUGUUACGGAGGAAGAAAUCGCAGGGUCUGCGAACAAUUUGUCAAGACUGGCAAGACUAUCAAAGCAUUGGAAGAUGAACUGCUGUCCGGGCAGAAACUACAAGGGCCAGCAACAGCAGACGAAGUCCACGAUAUGUUGAAGGCGCGUAACUUGACGGAUAAAUUCCCGCUGUUUACCGCAGUGCACCGUAUUUGUACCGAACAACUGCGACCGGCGGAUCUGAUCGACCAGAUUCGUAGUCACCCUGAGCAUGUAAUGAGAUUGGAAGAGGGAAAUACAUAGUUUACG